GGGACUUCUCCGAGUAGUGCUGCACCAGGUAAAUCUGAAUCUACAACUCCUGGAGCUGUUCCUGGAAAGGAAGAAGCUCGUGAUCAACUCUCUGGUGAAGCGCAGCCGGUGGUGCAGCUGGUGCACCAGCCGCUGGACGAGGAUAGAGCCACUGCCGACAGUGGAGCCGCCGCGCCAGGAUUUGAGGACCCUUUUGCUGCUGCUGCAAUUGGCCCAUCGGAUGAAAACAGUCAUCCCGGAAAAAAUAAAUUAGAAGCUGCACAAGAACCACCAGUUCUUCUGGCGCUGCAACAUCAAGAAGUAGGAGCAACGCCAAAACAGCCGGCCUCGUCCCGCGCUGGGCUGUUUAAGGAACACGUGCUCACUAUGGAAGAUCCUGCGCCGUUUAACAACCAACAUCGGAAUGGAAUUCGACACGCAGCUGGUGUGCCAGGAGCGCCGCCACUUCUAUUCUUUGACCAGCACCAGCACGCCGUCGCAGCACAGCAGCAACAGGCAGUAGCAGUACCGCCGCCUGGAGCACCUCCACAAGCGGCGUUUCCAGGAGCGGUUGGGGCAGCACCUGCCAUAGAAGAAGGACAACGAGGAGCUCAAGCCGCGCCACAAGAAGUUCUUACCGCGAACGACCCCCACGCUCUGACGCGGUUUGAGAAGUACCAGCUGAAGAUGCAGCAAAUGCAGCAAUAUCAGAAUUUGCAGCGGUUCGGGGGGAGGCAAAACUUUCGAAAUUUGCAGGUAAACGAGAACAAGGGUGGCGACAGUGCUGGGAGUGAGCAAGUAGAGCAGGUUGGCGUGCAAAACUUCGACCGAGAAGUCGUUGCUGAAACUAAAGCAGCUCCUCCCAUCGCCGUGCGAGAAAUAGGUGCUCGUCGAGCUACGACGACCGGAGCUGGUCCUGCUGGCGCGCAAGGUUGUGCAACUGGCAGCUCAUCUGCAGCAGCAGCAACAAAUGAGCCUGCUGUGCCUGGUUUUCUGAAAGAUACACAAGUUGUAAUCAGUGUCGGUGUUGGGCCAGGAGGAUCUCCUCCACACGGAAAGCGUCCUGACGACGAGAUUGUGCAGGGAGGAAGUUUCAGCACUACGGCUGAGAUGACACCAUCAGCAGAAAACGUUCGACCGUCGGCUCCCGUCUUGGAACGAACUGUGCUGCCCGCUGGAGGUCUUGACUGUGGUUAUGCCAGCGCGCACCAAACAGCGACAGUAUUACACAACGGCGGUAUGAUUGGGAGCUCCUGCCCAUCAAGAACUACCGGCGAUAGCUCUUUCAUCCCUCCCGAAACCCCCUCGGGUUGGGAAAGGGUGCAAGCUUUACAGGGGUAUUCCUUCGAUUGAAAAGUUGUCUACGUAUUUCAGCGAGUUUUUUUGUGCGUCGCGCUAUGCAGGAGCUCAGAUACUAGCACAACGCCAAUACUUACGGAUAUUACAGUGUAAUACUCGUUCAAUUCUAUCCAGUUCAUAUUUUCAUAUUUUCUAGCCAUGAUCAAGUUUUGCUGCGAAGACCCAGUUGUGUGCUUCUGUAUGGGAUGUCUUUAUUCCCUUGCUUUGCUACUCUCCCUUUUUUUUUUUCGCUUUCAGUAUUGCACCUCUGUCAACAAAUUUGAAGUCACAAGUGCGAGCUACCUUCUUUUUUCAAAACAUCAUUGUUUCGGCUCAUUGUCAUGGUUUCGUUUCGAAUUGCAGCUGACGCUGAGUUGUACCUUCUAAGUGCUUUUGAUCCAACGACAGAGACAGACAGCCUUAGAAAAACCUAAAGAACCUCUAGAAAAAUAAAUUAGUAAGUAUCCCGAAAUCAUUUUUUUUGCGACUAAAGAACUAACAGUACAAAAAUAGAAAUCGCAUGCUCUGUUCAAGCUCAUCUGGCGCUAGAAGCAUCUGUUUCUGUUUGACGACUACACGUGAUAACACUAACAUCACAAGUCUGGUGAAUUGUAUGAUUGAAGACUUCAAGUUAGUACACAUCAAGCAACGAUCACGAACAAGCCGGACGCCGUUGAUUGUUUCGCCUCCAAAACUUUUUCGCAUGUCGCGCGAAGAAAUUGUUCCAGAAGGUCCAGUACUAGGUGGAGUUGCA